AUGCCUGCAUUCGAGCCCGACAAAUGGAUUGAGCAGCUCAGAGAGUGCCAGUAUCUUCCUGAAGCUGACAUGAAAGCCCUGUGCGAGCGCGUCCGCACCAUUCUCAUCGAGGAGUCCAACAUCCAGCCAGUGUCGAGCCCAGUCACUAUCUGCGGCGACAUCCACGGCCAGUUCUGGGACCUGCUCGAGUUGCUGAGGAAGGGCGGCGAGGUGCCCACGACGAGCUACAUCUUCAUGGCACGUAGGGGCGCUGCUCACCGUGCGGUGCAGGGCGACUUUGUGGAUAGAGGGCACUAUAGCUUGGAGACAGUGUCGCUUUUGCUGGUCCUUAAGGCAAAGUACCCGAACAAGGUGACAUUAUUGCGAGGAAACCACGAGAGUCGGCAGAUCACGCAGGUGUAUGGCUUCUACGAUGAAUGCCAGCAAAAGUACGGGAGUGCUUUGGUCUGGAAGGCGUGUUGUAGCGUGUUCGACUACCUCAAUCUCGCCGCCAUCAUCGAUGGCGAGACACUCUGUGUACACGGCGGGUUGUCACCCGAUAUUCGCACUCUCGACCAGAUCCGCGUCCUCUCGCGCGCGCAGGAAAUACCACACGAGGGCGCAUUCUGUGGCAAGUACUUACCUCCACCAGAUCUCAUGUGGUCUGAUCCCGAUGAGAUCGAGAACUGGGCGAUCAGCCCGCGCGGCGCAGGAUGGCUGUUCGGAGGGAAUGUCACGCGGGAGUUCACACACGUCAACGCGUUGACACUCAUCGCGAGGGCGCAUCAGCUCGUCCAGGAGGGAUACAAGUACAUGUUCGACGAGACGCUCGUCACUGUAUGGAGCGCGCCGAAUUACUGCUACCGCUGUGGGAACAUGGCGAGCAUACUGACCGUCGGUGAGAAGGGUGAGCGGCGCUUUACGGUCUUUGGCGCGGCUCCGGAGAAUGAGAGGGACUUGCGGGAGGGGAGAGGACGCGGAAGGGUGAGUGUGCAUCUAAAUCUGUAUGCUAGGUGGUGA